AUGGCAGAGCUGGUGAAGACCAAAGGGUACCCACUGGAGGAGCACUUCGUCACGACCUCCGAUGGCUACGUCCUGGGCACCUACCGCAUCCCACACGGCCGCGAGGGCGCCUCGCCAGGUCCCACCCCUCGCCGCCCGGUGCUCCUGCAGCACGGCCUGCUGGAUUCCAGCGCCACCUGGGUGCUGAACGACCCGGACCAGAGCCUGGCCCUCAUCCUGGCGGAUGCGGGGUGGGACGUUUGGCUGGGGAACAGCCGGGGGAAUGCGUACAGCCGCAACCACACAGGCCUGGGCCCCGACACCGCCGCCUUCUGGGACUUUUCCUUCGACGACAUGGCCGCCGCCGACCUCCCCGCCCUGACGGCCCACGUACAGGGAGUGACAGGCUGCGCCACGCUGGCCUACGUGGGGCACUCCCAGGGGACCACGGUGGCGCUGGCCGCGCUGAGCACGCAGGGUGCGCUGCGUGCCGCGCUGCGCCCCGUCGUCCUCCUGGCGCCCGCCGUCUCGCUGCGCCACAUCCAGAGCAUCCCCAUGCUCACCCUUGCCCGCCUCCAGGCUGACCAGUUCUUUGCCAUGCUGGGCGUGUUUGAGUUCAUGCCCAGCCGGGAGGCCACCGCCGCGCUGUUCGAGGAGCUGUGCCAGGCAACCCCCACGGCCUGCGUGUCGGUGCUGACGGCGGUGUGCGGCUUCAGCGACCGCAACGUCAACGCCAGCCGGCUGUCCCACUACGUGACCUAUGCGCCCUCGGGCACGUCCACGCGCAAUGUCGCGCACUGGGCGCAGGCGGUGCGCGCCGCGCAGGCCGCGCCCCGGGGCACCCUGGCCCUGACCAUGUACGACUGGGGCGGCUCCUGCGUUUCGCCCCUGGGCCGGCCGCAGACCUGCAACCGGAGGGUUUACGGCCGGGAGCAGCCGCCCACCUACGAUCUGGCCCGGCUGGAGGGGGUGCCGCUGGCGGUGGUCUGGGGUGGUGAGGACAAGCUGGCGGACCCUCUGGACGUGAGGCGUCUGCUGUACGUCCUGCCCCAGGCCUCCCUGAAGCUGGCAGUGGGUGUCCCCACCUUUGAGCACCUGGACUUUGUGUGGGGUAAUAUGGGCGACACCGCCAAGGACAGGGUGUACCCCCUUGUACUGCGCAUGCUGCUCGAAUGGGCCGAGUGA